AUGGGGAAGGAUCACCUCCUGGCAAUGGUGUCUCAGAACCUCGAACUACAAAACAGAACAGAACCUCGAACUGUCAAAAAUGUGGAGCUCUGUUUGCCCAUUCAGCAUAAUGCCUCCCUGGAUUUCCGGGAAAGGAGGAGAAGCCACAGUAAUCUUCUUGAAGGGAGACCUCUAAAGAAAUCUAGCUCAUGUUCCACUAUAUAUUUAGAUGAUAGUACAGUGAGUCAACCUAACUUGAAAAACACUAUUAAAUGUGUUACAUUAGCAAUAUAUUAUCAUAUUCGGAACCGGACUUCCAAUCGAACUUUAGAUAUAUUUGAUGAGAAGCUUCACCCAUUAUCCAAAGACAAAGUUCUCGAAGAUUAUGAUCAGAAAGAUCCAGACCAUCGCAGUAUAUAUAGGUUUGUGCGUACAUUAUUUAAUGCUGCCCAAUUAACCGCUGAAUGUGCCAUAAUUACACUUGUUUAUUUAGAAAGGCUUCUAACAUAUGCUGAAAUUGAUAUAGUACCUUGUACUUGGAAAAGAAUUGUUCUAGGUGCCAUUCUUUUAGCUUCUAAAGUGUGGGAUGAUCAAGCUGUAUGGAAUGUAGAUUACUGCCAGAUUCUAAAAGAUAUUUCUGUAGAAGAUAUGAAUGAAUUAGAGAGACAAUUUUUGGAGAUGUUACAGUUUAAUAUUAAUGUUCCUGCAAGUGUUUAUGCAAAGUACUACUUUGAUUUAAGAAGUUUAGCUGAUCAAAAUGACUUAACUUUUCCAACUGAACCUCUAAGCAAAGAGCGAGCCCAGAAGCUUGAAGCUAUGUCACUGGCACUGUGUAGUACACUGGUAGACUUGCAUCGAAAUGGAAUGCGGAAAUGGUCUAGCUUGGACAAUUUGACUGUUCUGCGUAAAAGUGCUGCCAUUUUAUCUUGACACCAGUUGGAAAAAUCUUACUGUGUUUUAGCUCAGGUGCUUGCCAAAAUGUUUGGAGAGAUAUAUCUGGCUGUGAUCAUUUUUUUUUUUCCACAUCCAUAGCACAUCAAGAACUCUUCAUGCUUGAGGAGUUUCCCUGAAACCAUCCAUGAUGUCAGUUUUGUCCUAAACUUUUGUGCACCUUUUUUUUUUUUUUUUUUUUUUUUUUUUUUUUUAUACAGAUGUAAAGUUUCUCAAUAGUGUUAGUCUUGCAGCUUCAUUUAAAUAACUCAUUUGUAACUAACUUUUAUAUAACCUCUUUUAAAAUUGCUAGUUAUUAUUUCCAUAUGUGUAUUGAUAUGUAUCUGUGAGUGAAUGUGUGCAAUGAAUGAUAACAUCUAAUAAGAGUAUUAUUUUUCAUCUUCAAAUAUGUGUUUUGAGUGAUUAAUGAGUAUUGGAAUUAACAUGUAAAGUUAAUUUGAGUCAAGGCUUAUCAGUGUUGAGUUAAACCAUGUCGCAUUAUGGUCAUUUUCUUCCUAAAUGAAUAACCUGUUUAAGGAAAUAUAUGUUUUUAAUUGAAACAGACAGUUCUUUGAAAAUUGAUGCCUCUUCAGAAUAAAAGGUCUAUUUCUUAUUCUGUAUGGAAAAUUAAAAGAUUUUACCAAACUUUUAUACAGAAUACUUCCAAAAAAUAAAAAUACCUAAUUAAACAAACCAUAAUUUUUAAUGUAACCAUGCGAAUUUUAUAUUUUUAGUAACUACAUUAUAUUUAUCACAUUAUUUGCAUAAAAAAGAAAUUAAUGUAAUAAAAUUUAUAUACUUUAAUAAAUCUUUAGAGCAUUUAAAAGUGCUAUUUCUAUUUCUAAAAUAUGAUUGUGGUUUUAAACAUAAAAAAGAAUUGAUGAAUGAAUUGGUAAAAAUUUGGACAUUGACUGUGAAUUUUCUUCCAGCCUAGAUUUAAGUAUCAUGUAUUACAAUAUUGAGUGCAAAAUAUUUUCAGGUAUCUUUUUAAUCUUUGAAUGUCCACAAUGAAUUUUAUAAUUUAGAGCUGUGUGUCUUCUUAUCUAUUAAAAUUAUUUGAGUUUGUAAUGUAUCAUCAUUAA